CGGUGAUAUUGAAUUUGCUCUGGAGUAUGUUCUUGGUGGUUGGCUGAAGAGUGAGCACGAAUAACUAUGGAAGAGUCAGAAGAGAAGAAACAUGUCAAGGUUGUGACAUUGGUAUCAUCCAUACAGAAAGUUGGUGUUUAUGAAACAAAAGCACGUUUCUUCGUCAUUGGCUCCAACAACGAGCAGGACCGGUUCCGCGUGCUGAAACUGGACCGCACGGAGUCGCGGGAGCUGCUGAUCGUGGACGACGCGCUCGAGUACUCGGCCGCCGAGAUACGGGACAUCAUGAGGAGUCUGGACGAGGGCAACCGGCUGCGUGCGUCCGGCGCCAACGCCCAGGGGCUCGUCAGGAGGGUCUCCGCAUUCGGCAUCGUCGGGUUCGUCCGUUUUACGGAGGGCUACUACAUGAUCGUCAUCACGCAGCGGCGGCGCGUGGCCGUCAUCGGACCGCAUGUCAUCUACAAGAUCGAAGACACCAAGAUGAUCUACAUCCCCAACCAGACCAAGAAGUCGAGCCCCGAGGAGCAGCGCUACCUGCGCCUCUUUCAGAGCAUCGCCAUGGGCAGUAACUUUUACUUCAGCUACAGCUAUGACCUGACCCAUACGCUGCAGUACAACGCCGCCAUGCCUAAGUUGACCCCAGAAGAUGUCAACGCUUUGUUCGGCGAUGACUUCCUCAAAACAGGAACAGCGACUGAAGGCCGUGUGGAGGAGGCGCGCUUCACGUUUGAUGUGUCGGCGGCGGCGGCGGACAGCCUGGCGCCGGGUGGUCGCGUGCGCGAGCCGACGGCCGGCGUGCGGCCCGAGCCGCACCGGCGCUUCGUCUGGAACGGCCACCUGCUGGCGCCGGCCGAGCGGCAGCUCAGCUGGGAGUGGCGCCUGUACGUCACGCACGGCUACAUCGGCCAGGCCACGCUCUACCUGCACGGCCGGCACCUCUUCCUGACGCUGAUCGCGCGCCGAUCCAGCAAGUUCGCCGGCACCCGCUUCCUGAAGAGAGGGGCCAGCUUCGCUGGCGACGUCGCCAACGAGGUGGAGACGGAGCAGAUCGUGCACGACGCUUGCGUCUCUUCCCUGGAGCGCGGCUUCUUCAGCUCACAUGUCCAGGUGCGCGGCUCGGUGCCGUGCCACUGGUACCAGGACACCAGCCGCAUCCCCAAGCCGCCGAUACAGAUGGAGCUGGCCGACCCGUGCUACCUGACGCCCGGGAAGCAUCUGAACGACCUGCUGUCGCGGUACGGCGCGCCGCUGUUCGUGGUGAACCUGGUGAAGAAGCGGGAGAAGCGGUCGCACGAGUCGCUGCUGCAUGCGGCCUUUAGCCGCGCCGUCGCCUAUUUGAACCAGUUCCUGCCGCCCGCUUUCAGCAUCCGAUACGUCAGCUUCGACAUGGCGCGGGCCAACAAGCUGCGGCGUGACAGCGUCAUGCAGCGGCUGACGGAGAUCGCCAACAGCUCGCUCAGGGAAACGGGCUUGUUCCUGUCGCGGCCGCCGCAGAACGCCGGCGAGCGGUACCGCGGUAUCGUGCGGGUCAACUGUGUCGACUGCCUGGACCGCACCAACACGGCGCAGUUCGCCAUCGGCAAGUCGGCGCUGGCCGCCCAGCUGUUCAGCCUGGGCGCGAUCCCCUCGCCGGAGCUCGACUUCGACACCGACUGCAUGUCGAUCCUGGAGGACAUGUACGAGGAUCACGGCGACAUGCUGGCACUGCAGUACGGCGGCUCGCAGCUCGUGCACCGCAUCCGCACCUACCGGAACAUGGCCCACUGGGGCUCGCAGGGCAACGACAUUGUGCAGACCAUGCAGCGCUACUACAGCAACACGUUCUCCGACUCGGACAAGCAGAACGCCAUAAACCUGUUCCUGGGCUCGUUCGUACCGCGUGCCGACCGGCCGGCGCUCUGGGAGCUCUCCAGCGACUAUCACCUCCACCACCGGCCGGCCGACCGCGACAUCUACCGCAACAGCCCCACACAGUGGUGGUCAGACCAGGUGAUGCGCCACCUGCCAGCGGCCGCCAUCGAGGCCGACAAGCGCUGCAGCUACCUGGUGAAGAUCGCCAGCAGCGACGAGCGCGCGGACGCCUUCCGCGAGCAGUACCGACCGCACGAACGCAGCUGCUUCUCUGAGCUGUUCGACUUCAACAUGAUGCACUCGGUCAGGGACUACAUGCCGGCACUUUUCGUGGACGAGUCUCCGUUCGCCGUACGGACGCGGCGCCGGCCGCUGGCGACGCCCGAGGCCAACGACAAGGCGUCGACGCCCUGCCAGCCGGGCACCGAGUCCAGCGGCGGAUCUGAGACGUCGGAGACGUCGGACGAGGCGCCACUGGCGCAGUCGGCCGGCGCGCCG